UUCAUUGUCUUGUUUUCUUAUAUAACACCUUAAAAAUGAGAAGAAAUUUUCAAUCUCUUCAAUUAUUCCUUUUCUCAUUGUAUCUCUUACUAGGUCUGUCCAAACCCGACCCUGACCCGCUUCAAGACUAUUGCAUUGCAGAUACAAAAAAGCCCCAAGCCCUUUAUCUCAAUGGAGCUCCAUGCAUUGACCCAGAACUAGCCACUUCAUCUCAUUUUGCCACAUCCUCUUUGUCCAAGCCUGGGAACACAAGCACUAGCCAAUUCGGGUUUAAUGUCAUCCUCACCAACAUUGCUAAUCUUCCUGGGCUUAACACCUUAGGCCUGACCUUGGCUCGAGUUGACUUAGCAGCCAAUGGAAUCGUGCCACCUCACUCCCAUCCACGAGCCUCGGAAGUGACCACUUGCCUCCAAGGCACACUCCUCGUGGGCUUUAUUGACACAUCAAAUCGGGUUUUCACACAAAAUCUAAAGGCUGGUGAGUCUUUUGUGUUUCCCAAGGGUUUGAUUCAUUUUCUAUACAAUGUUGAUCAGAAAGCCUGCCUAGCUGUUUCUGGGCUUAAUAGUCAAAACCCAGGUGCCCAAAUAGCAUCAAUUGCUACGUUUGCCAGUAAACCAGGGGUUCCUGAUGAAGUGUUGGAAAAGGCUUUCCAGAUAAGUCGACGAGAAGUGGAAACAAUCCGUGAAAAACUUGCAGGCUAAUUAAUUAAAAAUAUAAUAUUGUAUCUGAUUUAUGUCUUAUGAUAAUGCCCAAACACUAUUAUGUUUGUAUUAUUGAUCCUAGCAAUUGCGUGACUUGGGAUCCAAAUGAGAAGGUUUGGAAUGUGAUGGUUUAUUGGCUUUAUAUUUAAAAAAAAAUGGAAAGAGACAUUUUAACGGU